ACAUUUUUCGUCUGUUUUUUGAUACGGCGGACUUCCGCGACGGAAGUCCGAGAUUGACCCAUUGAUCGUCAGUUUUGUUGCGUCGACCAGCCCACAGUUCAGUUAUGGCCUGCGAUAGACACUAUAUAGUAACCCUAACCUCCCCCGCUCUACUGCAAUGACUCUUCCACCACCACGACGACGAUUGUGUUUCCGUACUUCCCGAUUCUCUAGAAGUUUGUUGCUGGUGCUCUGCCUCUCCCUUCUUGCUCUGAACCUCCUCCUCCUCCUCCUCCCCUCCUCCAUGCUGCUCUCCUCCCACCAGGUCCUCCUGGCCACCCUGGGAGCCACUGGCGCCGCCGCCCUCCCCGGCACCUCCUCUUCCUCCUCCUCCACCCCAGCGGCCCCCGCAGCCACCGGGGCCGCUCUACCCGCCGGCUUCGACAUCACCGCGUACUGGGGCAACCUGAGCCCCUACCAUGACGCCCCGGGCUUCAAUGUCUCCACCGGGAACCCCCAGGGCUGCGAGCUGUCGCAGGUGCACAUCCUGCACCGCCACGCGCAGCGAUACCCGACCCCGUACGAACUCGACGGCGAAAGCAUGGAGGCGUUCGCGCAGAAGCUCCAGAACUACCGUCUGCAGCACCCCAACGAGACGCUGGGCACGGGGCCUCUGGAGUUUCUGAAUGAGUGGAAGUACCUGAUGGGCGAGGACCUUCUGCUCCCGUCCGGUGCGGCGACUGAGGCGACCUCUGGCGCCAACUUCUGGAACAAAUACGGCCGGCCGUUGUUUCGCGCCCCGGCCGGCCUCGCCGACUGGGAUGCCUCGCUGAAUGUCUUCCCCAAUGGCACGCAGCGGCCGAAGCCGAUUUUCCGGACGACGGGACAGGCGCGCAUUUUGGAGAGUGCGCGGUGGUGGUUGAGUGGAUUCUUCAGCAGCACCAACGCCAACAACUCCGCCAGUCAGUACGACCUGGUCAUUAUGCCCGAGGGCAGUGGCUACAACAACACCUUGGCGGCGUCCUGUCCGCAGGCGAAAUAUGAAGGAGACACAUCCGCCACCAACUUUCUCGAAACCACCACCCCCAGCAUCCGCACGCGCCUCACGCCCUACCUGCCCCCCGCCCUCGCCGCCAACCUCACCACCCUCGACAUCCUGUCGAUGCUCAACCUCUGCCCCUACGAGACCGCCGUCCUCGGCAGCUCCGCCUGGUGCCCUGUCUUCACCGCGGCCGACUGGGCGAACUACGCCUACAACCUCGACCUGCAAUUCUACGGCGACUACGGCUUCGGCUCCGCCUCGGGCCGCGCCCAGGGGCUGGGGUGGGUGCUCGAACUCGCCGCGCGCCUGAACAACAGCCUCAUCACGACGCAGUCCGCCAACAUCAACCUGACCUACGACUCCAACCCGGCGACCUUCCCGCUGCACCAGAAGCUGUAUCUGGAUAUGUCGCACGAUGAUGUGAUUGUCUCGGUGUUGACCGCGCUCGGGGUGGAGUAUUUUAAUUUCGGGCCCGCGGGGUUGCCGGGGGAUGUGGCGGUGCCGCCGUCGAACCGGACAUUCAGGUUGCAGGAGAUGACCCCGUUCGGGGCGCAUCUGGUGGGGGAGGUGUGGAGGUGUCCCGUCGGCACGGAGAGGAAAUUGGGCGGGGAGACCUUGUAUGUCAAUCCCGAGGUGGAGGAGGGGGAUGGGGAGGAGUGGAUCCGCUUUGUGUUGAAUGGGAAGCCCCUGCCACUCAAGGGGGUGAGUGGUUGCCAGGAGGAUGUCAGGUCGGCGGCGGAGGGGUUCUGUGCGGUCCCUAAGUUGCUCCAAGGGGUGAAGGAAAUGGUGCGGUUGGCGGAGUGGGAUCGCGCAUGUUUGGGGAACUAUACCGGUGGGCAUCAGGUGGCUGAUGGGCGGCCGGAGUAAUCUUGGCUUGUUGGUUUGUGGGUUUGUGGGUGUGAAGCAUACGAGAUGAGUGGAGAUGCAUACAGUAUGAGUAGAGAUGCAUACAGUAGAA